CCAAGCGCGGGCGGGAUCCGGGACGGCGGCGGGGAGGCGGCCCUAUGGCUCCGCAGGGAGGCGUCCCGCUCCUGGUGCUGCUGGUUAGCGGGAAGAGGAAGUCCGGGAAGGACUUCGUGGCUGAGGCGCUGCGGAGCAGGCUCGGCGAGGAUGUCUGUGCCGUCCUCCGGCUCUCUGGCCCACUCAAGGAACAGUACGCUCAGGAGCAUGGCCUGGACUUGCAGAGACUCCUGGACGCCAGCGCCUACAAGGAGGCCUAUCGGAGCGACAUGAUCCGCUGGGGGGAGGAGAAGCGCCAGGCUGACCCAGGCUUCUUCUGCAGGAAGGUCGUGGAGGGCGUCUUCCAGCCCGUUUGGCUGGUGAGUGACACACGGAGGGUUUCGGACAUCCAGUGGUUUCAGGAGGCCUAUGGGGCUUUGACACAGACGGUGCGUGUGGUGGCCUUGGAGCAGAGCCGACAGCAACGGGGCUGGGUGUUUACUGCAGGGGUGGAUGAUGCUGAGUCAGAGUGUGGCCUGGACAACUUUGGGGCCUUCGAUUGGGUCAUUGAGAACCAUGGGGACGAGCAGCGCCUGGAGGAACAGCUGGAGGACCUGGUGGCCUUUGUCAACUCCAAACUCUAACACCAGGUCCCAGAAGCACCGGGCGCCUCACUUCUGCUGGACGCGGGGUCUCUGACGCUGCCUGAGGCGGGGAGCGCACAGAGGGCUAGGUUUAUGGGGUCUGGCCGAUGUCAGACAAGUCAGGACACCCCUGGGGAUCUCGUUUCUUUGUGCAGAGGACCGCCCUGCCUCUUCAGGAGGAGACUGAAGGCAAAGAGGGGUCCACGGUGCCACGGCCGUCAGCCUGUGCGGCCUGGCUCCCCUGUCUGGACACCCUCAGCCCAGGACUCCCCUGUGUGGGUGCUAAUAAACCCCCUGAGCACACA